CAGCUGUUGUGCCAUGUUUCCCUUCAUCUGUAGCAAGAUUCACUAUUACCUCCCGGAGUUGCGCUUGCAUAUAAUUGGCGUGGCAUUGGCAGAGAUUAAGUACUUACAGAUCGACUUCUGUACGCAAGCGGCGGUUGAGUAGAAGCCCUUUACUAGGCAGGAAGACGAAGUGGGGUCAUCAAUCUCGAUCAGGAAUCGAUAUACUUACACGAAGUAGUUGUAAAGUAGUGCUUUAUAAUACGUUGUAGUACUAAAAAGUAGCACACACAGGAAUAUACAAGUUUUGACUUUGAGAGUUAUAGACCAGUGUCUACUUCACGACGCGAAUUCUUGACUACAUUCAGUUCUGUUAUGGGUCUUCGUCUAUUUGAAUUUUGUAUUUGCUUCGUUAUCGACGCCAUGCAGUUUUGAGAUCUGAUAUCGUUAUCCGUCGCAGCAGAUCACGAAAAAAAAAUGGGAGAUCGUUCUUACGACUCCUACGCUGGUGCCAAGUCUACCUCUUGGGGAACAGCAGGGGAUCAUGACUAUGAAGAGUAUAACCACACCUACGGGAAGAUGAAACACAAACAAGGAGGAGCCAUGACCGAGAGCGCCGACGCUCCUGGCGAAGCUACGGCACAACAAGGAGCCAACGACUAUCACAAAGAUUGGGUCGACUACAGCCAGUAUAAGUCAUGGGACGACAGCGCGGCUCAUACCUGGAAUAAAGAUGCGGACAUUACGUCGAAGAUGAGUGGCAGCGCAAAGGCCACAAAGAGCGACUACACGACCAAAAACGAGUACCCCAGAUCCGACCGGUGGAAUCAAGGUAAAACCUGGGAAAACGAAAAAUCAAACGAAAAUGGCAAAGGUCCGCAGGAGGUGGACGUGACCGUCUGUCAGUCCUCCGGCAAAGAUGAAAAAGAUGACUAUCAGUCCGCGUCCUACAACAAUUUCGGGCGCAACUCGACCUCGUACGAAGAUCCAGAGCUGCUGCACCAGGUCACUACUCCGGAGGAUCCGGAAGCAGCGGCGCCGCAGUCGUCGAAGAGCUCGGGGAGCGCGAGUAGCAUUUAUGAUGCGUUUAAUGCUGCAUCUUCGGGGGAUAAAGCUAAAGGUGGACAAGAAAAGAACAACUUCUAUGCAGGAGGGGACGAGGACCAUGAUAAGGCGGGGGCGAGAUUUUCCGGUCGUGAAGAUACUGGCAUGGUCUUCGAGGUUUCUCCUUUGCCGAUCAUAACUUCUCAGGAGGUUUUGGACGAGUUCCAGGAAAUCGAAAAUCACGGUCAGAAGAACUACGGCCACUAUGAAAUGAACCCUGACAGGACAGCGAGCUCCUUUCACAACUACAAUGACCGAAGUGCAGCUUGGAGGUCUCGUGACGACCAGCAGGAGGAGCAGAAUUACGACCACAAGGCCAGUGGAAAGAAAGGCAAGGGGAAAAAGGGCAAGAAGGGCGGUAAAGGGAAGGAUCGGUCGUACCACUACGGAGAUACUUUUAAUACCUGCGAAGAUCGGGGACGGGGGAACUACGGACGGCAGAACUACAGUGAAACUUACGGUAGUCGUCAUGGCGGACACGGUCCCGCAGAGGACUACGACGGGGGUGAGAGCGGUGUAGAAAAGCUAAGCUGGGAACAGCUGGAAGUGGGAAAAAAGCUCACUUCGCAACUCCGACACUAUUCGGUACUACGUAGGCGUAGGUGGUGGCUUCGAUAAGUAAUCAACAUGAUUGGACCUGUUGCGUAUAACGACCAUGAGUGUGAUCAUGCGUCUUGUCUGUCGUGAUGUCCUCGUGCGAAGAUUUUCAGAUUUUUCAACUCGACGACGCACUCGCGCACAAAGUAGAGACAGACCGCUGCUCGAAGCAGUAAUUGUGUCUCUUUUGUUCUGACUCCGAGCCUAAAAAAGCCAUUUUUCGAAGUUUCUAAAUCCUAUAUGACCAAUCCCAAAAUCUUCCCAGCGACACGGCAUGGACCGCUACGGUUUCGUCACACUGGAGUUUCUGCAGCAGAACGGCGGCCGACGGCUCAAGGACAACCUAGAUCUGUCCUUGCUGUUGCUCCUGGAAAAGCUGGACUGCAAGGGAAACUGUCCGAGGAUUGAGGUGUACGUUGGCGAGGGUGCACACGCGGGGGAAGUUUUUGUCCGCGCGCUUUCGAAACACACAGACGGAGAUGUCGACUUGUCUGGAAAAGUGCCGGAAAAGAUCCAGGGUGCUGGGGAUAAUGAAGAUUGUGCUGCGAGUGAAACGACCUCUGGAUGGGAUGCAGCUGCAGCUGCUCCGAGCGAAGACGAAAGGGCUUCUAAAAAUGCAAGUGCAGGAGCUGCAGCAGGUACUGCUACAUUUGAGUGCUCUGGCGGAUGAGUUGUGUAGUCCUUGAUCUUGUCUUUCACUAUCACUUCUAGCCGCAGAUUUGCGGAGCUAUGUCUUGCUGCCUGAACGCCGCCCUAUCUGCCCAUGUUGGCAGUUUUUCUCUGCAAGUCAAAACUUUUUGGCUGUUGCGCAUGAGGACAAAUUGAGUUAUGAAUGACAAAUUGAGUAUGAUAGAUAGAUGCUCUACUAUGUUUUUCGCCAAUUAAGGUGCUGCUGCUGGCGCGGCUGCGGCGCAGGAAGAGGACCACGGAUGGCGGGGGAACAAGAACUCUUACAAGACGACACAGAUGGCAUCAUCAUCAAAGCAGGAGACCACAGGCCCAGCUGAAAAAAAUGCAGGAUACGAUUAUACUACCAACGAUUACAACAAUUCCUACAAGAACUACUACAAAAACUACGAGGAAAAGAACAAAGACACGACGUCGAGCUACAAGAACAACUACAACAAGCACAAUUACUACGACGGCGCUGCUCCAGGCACGAAGGACGACGACGACGAUAAAGAGCUCCUGCAAAAAGAGAAAGAGAAGAAGCCUGCUGCUGAGCAUUUUUCAAUCUGUACGGAAGACGAGAAAGACGACUCCACUUUUAUCGACGAGAAAGAAGACUCCACUUUUGCGACUGCGCCGCCGACAAAAAUGUUGGAAAAAUCCUCCUCAGUGCCAGACGCGGAUGAAAUUGAAAAGUAUCCACUGCAAAAGUAUCACACUCGUACUACUUCGAAUUGCGAUACUGGAUGACAAAUCUUAAUCUCCUCUGUGAUGGCCUGUGUCAGCACUGCAACUGCAUUUUUGGGUUUCCUUUUUUAUUUAUUUUUGCUUCUGCAGGAAAAAUUUGUGAUGCAAUUACAGCAAUGAAAUAGAAAUGGAAUGCGAUACUUUUGCAAUGCAUACAAAGCAAAAAAAACCGGUAUCCGCUGCACUGUACGCCAGCCCGGGCAGCACGCGCGCGGAUGACGGGGAAAACGAGAUAUCAUCUCCGGACGUACUCAUAUAAUUUCAUUCUACGAACAAGAAAUGAGGCGCUUGCUGCCAUAGAUGCAGAUUUUUCUACUUUCAAGGGGACACUGCAUAGCCCGAUGUACUUCUCCGUCGUGUCCUUUAUUGUUAAUGCGGCUCCUCCGUGUGCUGAUCCAUUUUGCGUGGGAGAUUUGAUCGCACAUCAAUCAAAUCCAGGUAAACAAGACCGGAGCGUCGAUUUCGUCCCUGGACAAAGGUAAAGCCGGAAUGAGUGGAUCGUCCCCGACGUUUGAGAAAAACGACAAGGGCGGCAAAGGCAAGGCUGAGGCGAUGGCGCUGAAGGGCAAGGGGAAAGCGGACCCCUGUGCUGGAAAGGGAAGCAAGGGCAAGGUAAACUUAUGCCCGUCACCGUCUUCCUUUUUUCUUUGUCAUCCCCAGGUGGCUGUGUAAGUAGUCUUCGCUCGGACUUGUCAAUGCCGGACGCCGUCAGUGCAGUGCUGAGUGACGUUGCUGUGGGUUGAAGAAAGUGCAAGUAAAGUGUACACAAUCCAAUACGGUGUAAGCAUGUACUACUCUGAAUUAUUUGGAACCUGUAAAGCUACCAAAUUACUAGGGCCCCCCACCGCCUGCCAUUAUUGUCCAAGAUAAAAGGCUCUGGAACCAGAGAUGCAGCCUCGGGCUCGAAAUGCCAGUCAACACGCCUACCAACUGCGAAUGUGUCUGGGUCUGGAAGCGUGGCGCUUGUUGUGCCGCAUGUCUUGCAUAUCUGGAAAAUCUGCACCGGGCGACAGAGAGGAGCCGCCCUUUUGUUUAUGAAUGAAAAAAGCGCCUUGUGCGCACGGGCCACCGUAUCUAUUGGGAGGCGUCCGCAAGAACGCUUUAUGCUUGUAGUUCUCCCUGUCAGCAUUUAGCAUCGCAAGUUUCCAGGCCCAGACGGCACAUUUGCAGUGCAUCACGCAGCAGCCAGACCAAAGCCGUUUGCUUUGCCAAGCCUAUUCGCUCUUCGAGUUAUGCAGUGCAAAACUAUCGCGCUAGCAUUAGCCAGACCAUCACAUCAAAUCCCUUGCACAGUAUGAACUAUGAGAAGUCUUGUCUUGCUGAUUUACCUCAGGAAGGGGGUUUGUCUUGCAUGUUUGCAAUUUGUGCGAGUGCGAUUCUUUUGCGCAGAAUAUGACUACCAGGAGUUCGAUUUCCUUGUUCCGGAGGUGAUCAAGAAGAAGGAGGAAGUUAUGGCCUGCUCAAAUGGAAUGGUCUGAAAUCGAUCAAGUUUGCGACUCCAUAGAGUGCUCUCGAGGAUCAGUCCAGCUCCAGCCAUCACGGAGCUGAGCAGUACAGCUAUAGUAUGAGGCUCCUCCAAACUCUGCAUUGGAACUUGCACAGGUAAAUUUGUCAUGCACGACGACCCCUGGACGUCGAGCAGGUAGUAGUCUUGCCCGCUUUAAUAUGCAAGACAAGUUUAGGCUUUGCACUAUUUUCAUCCGGUUGAGAUUUUUGUUCAUCCAGUUGAGCAGGGCAUAGCAGCCAACUUGAACUUCUUCCUGCACAAUGUGACAGAGGCGGGAAUGAUCUUCAGAUUGCAGGACCCGAUGGAUCUCCGGAGCUUAGAGGUUGCAGUGCGAAAGGAAGUACAACCGGAUCCAAAUGAGCGGCCCCGGGCCGGCGCGGAGAGCCAGAUCAAACAGAUCCAGGCGGUGUUACCGAAGCAGAUGAUGGUUUCUGAGGAGAGCUUACACACCCUACCGCCGCAAAUUCGUGGGCUUGUGGAGCAGAAGCGUACAACUCAUUAUACAUUCGUAUUAUUUUGCGCAUGUCUCAUCUUCAUCCACUUACAUUCUCUAGUAGAUGCAGACUUCUUUUUCCUUGAGUUGAAGACUUGGCUAAUUCUAUCACGUUUAUUUCUCUGCCAUUUUCUCUCGAGCUACGACCACUCCCGCGAUUCACUACCUGGUUUACUUGAUUAUGGCUUUUCCGAUGAGGGUUCUUGUCUUCCGUGACAAAACAUUUUUUCGAGACCGCAAAUAUUAACAACAGGGAACUUCAUCGCGAUCCAGCUUGGGGAGGUGUGGUAUUACCUGUUGCACGCGGUGCCGGUCGGAGGUGGAGACCAGGAGAGCAAAACCCUUCUGACCGCUUGGAUCGACCCCGUCGGCCCAUCUGGGUUGAAUCUGAUCGGACGGGCGCCGAAAAACACCAAGAGAGUUGCGGAAAUAUUUGCGCAGGGGAAGGCGAAGGGCAAGGGGAAGUAGAAGGACUCUGGUGAUAAGGGGGGGCGUCUCCUGUGAUGGGUCGCGACGGGGUUGACCUCGUGGCAACUUGCUGCGCUUUUUGAUCUUCGUUGGCCUGCCGUAGUAAACGGCUUCGAUUUCGGGAUAGAGUCGCCUUGGUCUACUUUGGGCAAGUCAAUCAUUUGAACAGGUGCUAUGAUCGAGAUCGUUCCAAUUCUUCACACGAUAGCACUGCAGCUUCCCGAAAGAAUUGCUCUCGUCCAUGUUCAUGGAAGUACAAGUACUAUAUGUAGCUAAUGGAACAAAAUGCAAAAUGAAAACUGCGAUGUCAUCGUGUGGCGAUAUUAGUCAAAGAAAGACGAGUGAGAAGGAUAAAGUGAAAUUCAAUUAUUUUUGUGCGGUAUCACACGGCUAUACUUGUACACAUGGACAUGCUUCCAUUCUUCACCUCUGGUCAUCGAAUCAUAGCAACUUCAUCUACGUUUGAACGUUAUCUCUGGUCGAUUGAUGCGGGUGUAAUUAUUUCC